AUGGCACGAUGCCAAUGCACUCACCUGCGAUAUGUUCCACGCUUCAUGCCGCAGCGCACCUUCGUGAAAACUCCAGGAAAAGCUUUUUCGUGUCCUGGCUCGCGCGACAUUUCCGCUUCAAAUCUUGAAUCGAACGCACCCUCAAUUCUCAACUUGCGAUCACAUCUAAAGGGCCGCGGUAAGCAGAAAUUUGGAGAUGUCUGCAGGGAAGAUAAGGACUGUGGAUUUGACGGAUCCUUCUGCAAACCUGAUAAGAAAAAAUGCUACUGCAGAGAAGAGUUUGAAGUCACCAAUCAUAUCGACAAAUGUGGAGUCCCUGUCAAUGUUGAUGAUGUCUGCCUCUUCAACGAACAAUGUGAAGCAAAAGUUGCACAAGCCGAAUGUCGAAAGGGUCUCUGUGCUUGUAUCAAAGAUAAGAUCCCGAAGAUGAGGGAUGAUGAUACUAUAGAAUGCAUCGAUUUACCACCGAGGGGUGUAAAAAAGAUUGGAGACGAGUGUAAGGUUAACAACGAAUGUGGAUUUCCUGGAUCGUAUUGUAACAUCGAACAUAAAAAAUGUUUCUGCAAGGACGAAUUCCAGGCGUCGAAUCACAUUGAUAAAUGUGGAAAUCCUGCCAACGUCAACGAGUCGUGCGACUUCAACGAACAAUGUGAAAUGAAGGUGUCACAAACGGAAUGUCGAGAUGGUCGCUGCAUUUGCAUCUUUGAAAAAAUUCCCGUUUUGCAAGAUGAUGGAUCCACAGCAUGUAUUGCCGAGGUAAAGGAACCUCCAAAUCUACGAACAGUCGAUCCAGCGAUGAUAGGAGUUCUUGUUGGGAUGGCUUUGAUGUUCAUCAUUAUUUGCGUUGUUCUUAGACUUUUUAGCAAAGCACGUUGGCGUGAGAAUCGAACGAUCUUCAACACACCGAACGCUCGUCUGAUGAAUGUCUCCUUGCUGAAGGAUAACAAGCUCCUUCACGGACAAGAGAGACGUGGAUCACGUGCCAGUGUCAGAGGUCCAUCGAGGCAACCAUCCAUGGUGUCCUUGCGCGCGCAUUCGCCUAACGCCUCGCAAGAGGUGGUACAAGAUACUCGAAUAACAAAGCCUUCGUUGCCAGGGUCUCGUACAGGAUCUCGUCGAGGAAGUCGUGGAAGUAGUGGAAACGCCUCAGCAGUUUCGAGCAGAUCCAACAAAUCACCACCAAAUCAAACAACCCCGGCAGAUCCCGUAAUAGAGGACGUCACCGUCGAAAUCCUCGAAGCUAAGGCGUAAAAAACUUCGAGACUAUGUCUUCAGUUAAUUAUGGAAAUCAAAAUUGAAGUAGAAAACAGUACUCAGGUGUGGAUUGCGAUGCUCUUAAUAUACCUAAUCAGAUCCACAAACAUUCUAAAUUAAAAUCUACAUUGGCAAACAAACAAAACAUAAAAAAGCAACUCAAUCCUACCCUGAGUCGUUUCUUCAGAAACACCAGCUGACAUACUUUCGGGUAAUAAGACCCACGUUCAACAAGUUUUAGCGAAUAAAUUUUCGAGACCUCAUUAGCGAAAGUAAUCGAAUAGAUGAUUACUUUAGAGCUUCAUUUUGCUCCCAAAUGCGUCUCUUCUGUCAAUAUAAUCAUUGCUAAAUGUAGCGCUAACUAAGAAUCUCGAACUUAGUUUCUCUAGGUUCAGGUUCUUUCUACUCUUUAUUUCUAUAAGGUUUUAAAAUUUUGGCGAAAGUGCUGAAGACCUUGAUCCUUCAUGGUGAUCAAAUUGGGCUGAUACUCAAGAGUCUCUCAAAUCGGAAAAAAUUAUAACCUUAAUAUUUGUCCGUCAAAAGAAUCGUCAUGUAGAAUAUGAUAGGAAUAGUCUUCAUCAUAGUAGGCAACUCUAUAACAUUCCCAUAAAUUAUUGCAUCCCUUGUGAAAAAUUUGCCAAAGAAGGUUCAGAUUUCGUCAAUUGCCAUUCACCCAUCUCAAAGCUUUCCAGCCAAUAUUUUUUUAUGGGAUGAAUUGCAUACUAUUGUGAAAGAUCGUUCCAGAAGAUAGUAGAAAGAGAAAAAACUUAUAUGAUUUGAAACAUUUAUUAUUUAUCGAUUCCAUUUCAUCAAUUAAUCAUAAUCUGGGAACAUGUGUAGAAAGAAACCAAGAGUCACACGAAGGGACCAGACGAAAGUGAAAUUCUGGAAGUAGCUUAUACACCAAAUUCUUCUGCUAUGUUCCAUCGAAUUUCGAAAAUUUAGUAUCUCUAACUUUAAAGUUUAGAUCUUAAGCUUUGUGGUAAGCCUCGGAAGCAAGCCAGUGACCUUGAAACCAGCACAGAAUAUUCCAUUUUUUUCUGAAACAUCAGACUGCUGUUCCAAAUUUUUUAAGUCUAAGCAUUCCCUUUGAAAUCAUAAACAAGGCCCAUUGAAUUAAUAUAAAAUAACCUUAACCCUUACUACAAGUACUUCUUUAAAAAAUAAACAUUGUGGAAGAUGAAAUUGCUGGAAUCAUGGUACUCCACAUAAAAGAGUUUUGUCUUUAUGGGUUAAGGUUUUUUAAGAAUGAUAAACAAAUUAUUUGAAAAAGUCUUCAGAUUUCUUUUUUAGAAUUGUAUAGAUCCUUCCAAAGAAUUUCUUAUCGAUUCCUUGAUGAGGUUCAUUGAUGAUAAUCUUGUAUCUUCAUAGGAUUCUCAAAAAUAAUACCCUGUUCACCAGAUUUCCACAUUUAAAGAAUUCGUUAAGACCUAAAAUAUCAAAUUCAUUCUAAACCUUCUCAAAGUCAUAUAAACCCUAAGCAUCAUUUAGUAAAGUCUUUGGUAAUAAAUCAGAUUUUCUUUCAUGAUUCAAAAUAAUCUUGGAUCUUUUGAGAAGACCUUAAGGGAUUUAAAAGAUGACCACCGUGUACUACAAAAUUCCUUAUAUUCAUUAAUUAUUGAGGAUUCAUUUUGGACUUUCUUUAGAUAACCGUCCAAGAACCCUGAAAAUGUAAAAGAUUUUGUUUUGAUAAAUAAACCAGAUUUUCUUUCUUCCCGGAUUUUUAAAAUUUCCACCCUGUGCUAAGUGUCCUGUAAAUUCGUUCACGUAAUUUUCAGUAUUUUAGAUUAUUUUCUCAGAUUGGUCAAAACGAUUUUGCUGGAUGCCAUCACUAGAAAACAUGUAUUAAUAAAUAGAUAGUCUUGUCUGUUUAAUUAACGAAAUAGUUUGUAGGGUUCUAUACAAUAAGAACCUGUGCAAUAGAAUCUCUAGAAUUUAAAAAUUCAUUAAGACCUGAAUUUUGAAAUUUCUUGUUAAUCGCCAAUUGGGUAAGAAUAUUCUAAAAAUUGAUUUGCUAAAUAAUUUCUUAUAAGUUUUCUAGUGCGAUUUGAGGAUUCUGCUUAGAUUUUUAAUUUUACUCAGAACAGCCUUAAACGUCUUAAGCAUUACAUUCUUAUGCAUUAAAUUCUUUGUAAGGAUCUUCACAGUAUUCUUCAUUUAGAACAACCAAAAGGAUUCCUCGUAGGCUAAAAUGCCUUUUGUAGGUAAUUAAAUUUCGAAAUUUUAAUUCCUGCUCUCAAAGAUUUCAUGAAAAAUAUUGGAACUGUUAUAGAAUCUGGUGCAUUACUUGGGUUUCUGAUUUUCCUAACUACAGAUAAUUUUAAUUAAAGCAUAUGAGAA